AAAUAUUAUUACAUUAUAAAAAUUAAAUAUAAAUAUUAUUUAUGAAUAUUAGAAUACCAUAAUGAUUUUCGUAUUCUCCUACUUUAAGAGUGAAACAUUUAUUUAUUAGUAAGAAAUUAACCAUUUUUUAAACUGAGAAAAGAAGAGAAUACUAAAAAAUGAAUAAGCUUGAUAAAGAAUUUAUUACAGAUAUGUUUCUGGACAGUGAUGCAGUUUUUACAAUAAAUAGAUUAAUUUUAGCCGUAGCUAAUGUAAUAAAUGAAAAUAGUAAUAAUAUGAACAACUUUAGUAAGGGAUUAAAUGAAGAGUUGAAAGUUAUGAAAAUUAUUUCCAAGGAUUUUAUUGGUAAACCUGCAACUCAUACAGGGGUUAAUAGUUAUUAUGAGCAUACAAUACAAAAUUUUGAUGACUUUGACUAUAUAAAUAGGUUUAAAAUGAAGAAAACCACAGUUCAAGCACUUAUAAAUUUUUUAGCUGAUUAUGUAUCAUGUGAUGGUACAGUUAUUGUGCCUUUGGCAAAAAAGGUACAUAUAUUUUUAUGGAUUUUGACUAGUGAUGCAUCAUAUCAAGAAAUUGGAUCGAAAUUUGGGUUACACAAAUCAUCAGUGAGCUAUAUAUUUCAACAGAUAGCAUCAGUGCUUACUGACCAAAGGUAUCAUUUUAUUAGUUGGCCAUCUAUAGAAGAGCAGCAUAUGACAAGAUUAAAAGUAAAUAGUAGAUUUAAAUUUCCCAAUUGUGUUGGAUUCCUUGAUGCCUGUAGAUUUAAAGUUGGUUCUAAAAAUAAUAAAAGUAACAUGCCGGACAAUGUACUUAUGCAAGCUGUCUGUGAUGAAUCUUUAAUGUUUAUAGAUAUUCAUAUAGGCACUAUAGGAAAGACAAAGAAAAGUAAAGUGUUUCGUGAAAGCCAAUUGUCUCGAGAAUUGAAAAACUUUAUUGACUUUGACAAUCACAUACUUGGGGAUUCUGAAUAUAAGUUGAAGAAGAAUUUGAUUACCCCUUUUUCAAGCGAGGAGUUAUUAACUAGUGAGGAAAUGAAAUUCAAUGAGGUACAUUGGAAGGUUCGUUAUUAUAUUGGACACGCUUUUGAAUUAUUGAAAGACAAGUUUCGAAGGUUAAAUCAUAUUGAUAUUUGCAAACCAGAAAUAGUCACUAGUUUAAUAUAUUCAGCUUGUGUACUUCAUAAUUUUUUAUUACUUCAUGAAGGAUAUCCAGAAAUGAAAGAGGAGGCUAUAAUAUGUGAUGAUGGUGUUACUAUUGACACAAGUAUUGUGAAAACUGCUGUUGAGAAACGCCAGUUUCUUUGUAACUAUAUAAAUUAUAUAGAUGUUGACAAUGAAUAAUUAAAAUAUGAGUUCUAAAGCUCCUUUCUUUUGCUGAUAUUUUUUACUAUUUAUUGAAAUAUUUUAUUCUGACCAUCCAGUAUCUUUCUUAGUUUAAAAAAAGUAUGGGCACUACUGUUAGAGGAAAUGUCCUAGCUGUGUAUAAUGAAAAUUUAUGUAAAUUUCUAUAGAAUACUCUAAAAUUUUUCUAUCCAUCAAUUUCUGAAAAUUGAUUUUAUGUUGUAUUAAAAAUUUAAAUCUAAAUCGCUU